AUGAAAAUAUAUAAGUAUAUAUAUAUUGUAUAUUAUUAAAAUAUAUAUAUAUAUAUUUAUAUAUAUAUUUACAUAUAUAUUUAUAUAUAUAUAAAUAUUUUUAUUGUAUAUAGUUUUAUUUAUAUAAACUUAUUUUCAUAUAUUCUUAAAUUUAUUUUUUUAUAUAUCUAUAUUUAUAUAUAGUAUUUUAUUUAUAUUUUAAUAAAAAUAUUUUUAUUAUAAAGAGGAUUUUUUAUAAUUGAUUUUAUUUCCACCUUUCCUUUUAUUUUAUUUUAUCAUAAUGUAUAUAAUAUAUUAUAAUUAUAUAUAUAUAUAUAUAUUUUAAAGAUAGUUUUUAUUAAACUAUUUAGAUUAGCAAGACUUCCUCGUUUUUUGAAACUUUUAAAGGAAGAUCGUGUAAUAAAUAUUAUAAAUAGAAUAAUUUAAUUUAGUGAUACCUAAGAUAAAGUUUAAUAAUAAUUUAUUGUAAGAUAUACUUUUAGAAAUAUAAAAUUUAUUAUUACAGGUUUUUCUUUGACUUAUUUUGUUUCUUGUAUAUGGUACUAUCUUUUAAAUGAUUUUAGGUAAGAAAAUGCACCCAAUUUUUCUGAUACUUAUGGUAUUUAAGAUUUACCUCAAUGGAAACAAGUUUUAUAUAAUUUUUAUUUUAUUUUAACAACUUUUUCGACUGUUGGCUUUGGAGAUAUGACACCAACAAACAAUAAUGAAAGAAUUUUAUGUAUUUUAAUAAUGAUUUGCGGAAUCGCAUUUUUUACUUAUAUAAUGAAUACUUUUAAUGAUGUGUUGACAAAUUAUUGGAAAAAAUUAGGCUAUAUUGAUCGAAAAGUAGAAAUUGAAGAAUGGAUUAUUUCAUUAUAAAAAACAAUUGAUAAAGAACUUAUUAAUUAAAUAUAUAUACAUUAUGAAUAUUUUUAUAAAAAUUCAAGACUAUCACCUAUUUCUUAAAAUGAUAAAUAUUUUAAAUUAAUGCCUGAUGAUUUAAAAAAAUAAGUAUUUUUAAAAAAAUACAUAUAUAUUUAAAUAAUUAUUUUAGAUGAUUAGACAUUUAUAUUAAGAUAUUUUUUAUACGAAAUUCAGGCCUUUGUUUUUAUUAGAUGGUAAAUAUGA